AACUUGUUAACGAGAUCUCCGCGAGCAGUGCAACAUCGACUCGCCCUCUGCCUCUUUGUGCUGCGCUCUGCGCGUCUGGCUUGUUUACGCAGCCAGGUGCGCGUGGUUCAUUGUGUUGUGAGAAGCAGUAUUCCAUGUCUCUCCUCUGCCCUGUUAUUGAUGGGAAACCAACUGGACCGGAUCACCCACCUGAACUACAGCGAGCUACCCACCGGGGAUCCAUCGGGCAUCGAGAAGGACGAGUUACGUGUUGGCGUGGCGUAUUUCUUUUCCGAUGAGGAGGAAGAGCUGGAUGAUCGAUCGCAGUCGGACAGCUUUAAAGACAACAACAGCCCGAGCAAAGACGGUCCGGUUGCGCGCAACGAGAUCGAGUAUACGGCUUUCUGCUGCCAGGAAUGUAUUUACUCCAAACUGCGAGAAAACGAGGACCUGAAUGUUUAUUCGGUGAAAACUUUAUUGACCAUGUGCAAACCCGGGGAUCUACUGGAGUUAGUGGCCAACGCACAACCCCCGCACUGGGCGAUCUUCGAAGGGGAGGACCAGGUUAUUCACCUCUACAAGGGGGAGAUUCGCAAGGACAGCUUGUUUGAAAUCAGCUGCGGUCGGCAGGCUAGGAUAGUGAACAAUCGGUACCGCUACCGGCCGCUGCCCGCUGAUUUGGUGAUGCAGAACGCGAGCGGGCACGUGGGGCUCAGCAGUGGUGAGAUUUGCUGGACGAACUCGGAAAGUUUCGCAGCCUGGUGCCGUUUCGGCAAGCGGGAGUUUAAAGCGGGUGGCGAGGUGCACUCGGUCGAGCAGCGCUACUUUCUGAAGGUGCACCUGUCCGAGAGCACCGCGCACACGCUCAUGUUCCGCAGCCUGGAAGAGAUGAUACGCGAGAGACGGCGCGUGGACGCCAGCGGCAUCCUGAAGGAGCUGUCGCUGGUGACCGGCAAGGAAUGAGCGCUUGGGACUCUCUGCAUGCCUUGAGCAAGGGCUGCCUAUACCUUCAUUUCAGGACUUUGGGAGGGUUGUUGCGUAUUUGUGUGAACAUGUUUUGGCAAAAACAACGCCCCUUUUGGUUGUGCUGUGAGAACCGAUGGCCCCACUAAAGUCACCCUGUACCUUUAAAAAGGAAAAAGAUAAACCAUAAGGUGAGCCCUCAUCACAGAUAUCGCCCAUGAACCGAUUCAGCCUCUCUCAAAUUCGCACCCGAGCCCUGCUGCGGCAGAUGGUGACCACGACGCGUUCAUAUGUCUGUGGCAAGCCGUUUUGACAUUUACUCCUUAUAACUAAUAUGUUGUGUUUAAAACUACUAUUCAUUUAGUUUCUUGUGCCUAUUCCAGUUGUAAGUAACAUCUGUAGUCAUACUAGUGACUGAAGCAGUCACUCUGACUAGUCAUUACAUAUGACCAGUGAAAAGCAAAUGUUAUUAAGACAACUAAGAUAUAAGGCCUAAUAGGAACUGGAUAAAAUCGGUCUAAUGAAUGGUUACUAGGCAAACUGCAUAGUUAUCUGAAACAGAGAUCCACAAAUGGAGAUUUUGUAUCGUUAGGAAUAAUUGGCUUGCAGCAAAAUACUAGUUGAAUGGUGGAUAAUUGGUGAAACUGCUUUCACUGCUUGCUCAUUACUUGAUAAAACGAAUACUGGUAACAUAAACACUUUAAUCAGUUUAAAGGAAUAAUUGUGAAACAACUUGCCACAUGUCUCUUAUUUGACUGAACUCGAGAGCUUUAAUAAUAUUAAACGUGGAGCUCUGGUAUUGCGCAUCUGUCCAGCUGCAUUAGUCCCUCUAAGCCCCUACAGGCGACAACACACGAGCCUUUGUUUUCAUUCUGUUACUAACAAAUGCAGCGAACAUUCUUCUGUUUUUGGAGUCCAUAUUUUUGUAUUUCAGUUAGUACGUUUAAAAAAAAAACUGUUUUUAUUUAAAUAAACGUAGAUUGCCCUAUGAAAAUUGCGUUGGUCUCCGGCAUACUUCUUUGCAUACUGUUUUGCCUGUGUAUAAAUGCCAUAAGCGAGCACGUGCUGGCUGAGGCAACCUCACGCGAGACAGAUGCAUUGUAAUUCAACACAUCAGCCUUCUGUAUUGUUCACAGCAUCGACCGUCCCUUCAUUUGAUUUUGAGGGAUUUAUUUCCGCCAGUAAGGCGGUCGUUUGUUAUCAUUGCUGCAUUAGUAUGCCUUAUGGGAAGCUGCUGAUGCAUGGAGACACCGUCCUUUUGUUCCAGACUUGUUAUUGUUGAUAAUCACCAAUGUGACUCUGAGGAGACAUUAACGUCCUUCUUCUUUUAAAAAAACGGCCUCUAAGGUAUUUAAUUCUACAGGCUAUUUGCUCUAUGUAACUUGAAGUAUACAUAUCAACUUUACAGCUGCACUGCUUUUGCUACAAAAACCAUACAUUCAAAUUAACUGCAGUCUCCAUUUUUUUGCUGCAAGGUUUGCAUUAAGUAAUAGGAGAGCUGUGUACAUGUGUGUGAAUAGACACUCUGUAGCAGCAGUAAAUAUGGUCAUGCUCUGUUUGUUUUCCUAUUAGAGGCUGUAGGCUGCAGUUGGGAUCAUUUAUGCUUUAUGUUCAGUGGGGCUUGAUUGGCCCACAGGUCUGUGUUGCUGGACCCUUUACAAAAUCUGUGCUGGCCAACACUAACAAGUCAUUCUGAAAAUCGGUAUGUAUCUCAAGCAAAGCUGAAGUCCACUAUACAGCACUAUACAGUCUUAGCUUUUGUGCUGCAGUUCAACAAUGUAGCUGUGAGUUGUGCAUUGAUUUAUACAUUGCAGCCAGAGAGAGUCGUUUUCUAAAAUUUCACCCAUGCUGAAAUAUUUACCAGGCUGGUUCCUCUAGUGUGCGUUCAACAUUUGUAUUCAUUCCACACAUACACCCCUUAUGGCCUGUUCUCUUUGUGCACCUCUUUUCCAGGUCAUAAUGUUAAUCACAAGUCCUCAUCACUCGCAACAUGUUUUGUCAGGUGUGCCAGUUUGAGCCGUUAAUAUGGAAAGCGAGUGAUUGUACAGAUGAAUGAAAACAAGUGGGGCAGGUUUCUAAAGGCUUGGGAUAUAAUACUCACCAACUGUCAGAUGAGUUCACAGUAAAUGUUACAAGCUUGGGGGUGAAUUAUACUUUUCACAUUGCCAAAUCCAGUCCAACUAGAUAUUUCAUGAGCUAAAAGUGUAGCAUUGGGUGUUUUUCAAUGAAUUAUCAUCUAUUUUAGUGCAAAUUUGCCUCUUUUUUUGGUUUAAAUUAGGCUCAUUAUUUCAAACCUUUAUGAGUUUGUGGUUUUUCUACCUCCUUCAGACUCUAUUGUGUUUAACAGAAGAAAGAAACCCAUAAAGGUUUUAAACCACUUGUGGGUGAGUAAAUAGUGCGUUAAUUUUAAUUUUGGGGUGAACUAUCCCUUUAAAAAAACACAAAUUUUACAAAUUAGAUAGACUUGUACAUUUUCUAUAGAUUAUGGCAGAAUAAUAUCCUAACCAAGCUUUUUAAAUAUGCACUAUAGUAAAGCACACUUGUUUCGAUGGCAAUUUAAUGACUCUGUAAGCUCAAAACUGAACCAAAAGCCUUGUUAGCAUUUACUUUUACACCUUACUGACAAAUAUGGUUAUGAAAUAGCAGAAUUUAACACCCAUGCCCUCAUUUUCUUUAACCUAGUGUGUGUCAUUUCCAGUCUUGUCUCCACCACAUUGUUGUUCAUCAAUCCCAGCAGCCCCAGUAACCCAGUUUUUUUUUACUAGACCAUUUGUGGGAUCCCCUUCCUUGACAUUAGCCCUCCCCUGCCUCAUUUUCCCUUCCUCUAAGCAUGACAAUCUGUCACCUGUACCAACACCUUUUUUCUAAAGCUGGAAAUUUAGGAUAGUGGGGCAGCAGGCUAUAUGUGGAGAAUGAGGACAGGAUUGAAGGAGCGAUUGGGCUGAGGGAGUAGAUGUUGCCAACAUGAGCUGAACAGAAUAUCUUUAGCCUGAAACAAAGUCUGCCUCUUGGUGAUAUGCCAUAUGUGUGCCGUCCUGUUUUUGUGUGUCACACUUCGUAACCUGUUACUGGGGAAACCCAAGCCAGUCAUUUGGAUUGCGUCUACUGAAUAUUGUUUUACUAGAUGCCCAGAGAAAGGUUGAAUGCACAUCCAGACACUUUAACAGAGAGCACUGUUGUUUUUACAUUGAUUAAAAAACUAAUGAUAAUGCAUUUGCUUCUGCUGAGGGAGAAUUAUGCAUAGCAUCUGUGCUCUGCAGAAAUCCUGCUUCCUUCUCAGACUUGAUCGGAUAUUCAUUUAAACCAGCAGGCUAGCUGGUAAUCUGGCCUCAGGAGACGAAUUCAGACUCAUUUGUUUUUGUUUUUUUCCUUUCAUUUUUUUUUCGUCAAUUACAUUUCACAGUGAUGUUAAAUUAUUUGUCUAGAAUCAUGUAAUAUUGCUGAAAUCAUGGUGCACUUAAAAACUACCUUGGAAUUUUGGAUUCUGUCAUGGUCCAUGAGCUUCUCAAGAUUUUUUCAACUAGAAUAUGAGAUGCAGCUAAAUACCGCUGGGCUCCAGUAUAUAAUAAAUAAAUG